AUGUCUUCCGGCGGAAAUUCUACUGGCUCCGCCGCUACGGCGGUUGAAAAGAUGUUCUUCUGCUACCAGUGCGAUCGCACAGUCACCAUCUCCGUUUCCUCAACUGCUGAUCCCUUUUGCCCUCGCUGUAACGGGGGUUUUCUUGAGGAAUACGAGGAGGAACGCAACCCUAAUCCAUCCCCCAAUCUCAACCCUGGCGGUUUUUUCCCGAUGGCCGAUCCUUUCUCCUCCUUGCUUCCGCUCAUUUUCGGCCCUGCCGGUUCCUCUUCCACCACCGUCAUGGACUUCAUGAGCCCGAGCCUCUUUGGUCCGUCGAUGCAGUCGCGCCCCACGCCGCAGCAGCAGCAGAAUCAGCAGAAUCAGCAUCCGCAGACUGACGCUUUUGAUCCGAUUGCGUUUCUCCAGAACCAUCUGCAGCACCUUCGAUCCAGCGGCACGCACGUUCAGUUCGUGAUCGAGGAUCAUGCUUCGGAUCCAGGGCAGCGAGCGCCAGGCAACCUCGGUGACUACUUCUUUGGGCCUGGUCUUGAGCAGCUGAUUCAGCAGCUAGCGGAGAAUGACCCUAACCGGUACGGAACUCCUCCGGCCUCGAAAUCCGCAAUCGACGCGCUCCCGACUGUGAAGGUGACCAAGGAUAUGUUGAAGUCGGAGAUGAACCAGUGCGCCGUUUGUAUGGAUGAGUUUGAAGAUGGUAGCGACGCUAAGCAGAUGCCUUGCAAGCACGUCUUCCAUCAAGAUUGCUUGCUUCCAUGGCUGGAGUUGCACAACUCUUGUCCGGUUUGUCGAUACGAGUUGCCCACGGACGAUCCUGAUUACGAGAACAGGGCUCAAGGUCAAGCAGGUCAGACGAGCGGGGAUGCACAUGGAUUGGCUGUUGUUGAUGGGCAGCAGACGCCGAGGAGGUUUAGUAUUCAACUUCCUUGGCCGUUCGGUAGACAGGAUGGCUCUGGUUCAGGGUCAGGAGCACCUGGAAGUGGCGAUGGAGCUAACCUUGAGACCAGGCCGGAGGAUUUGGAUUGA